AUGGGAAGGUAUGAAGGAGGGGGUGGGGGUAGGGGGAAAAGUGGGGGGAAGAAGGGGGGAGGAGUCGGAGCUUUGACGUGGUUCGAUCCCAUCCGUCAGUGGCACACGUCCAGUGAGAAGAUCGACAUCUUCCAUCUGACCUACGAGCAAAUGACACGGAACUUUCACAUUCGAGAUGACGACGUGUUUUUGGUGACUUUUCCAAAAUCCGGAACCAUCUGGACCCAGCAGAUCAUCAUCUCCAUCUAUAAACUCUGUGGGGAGCUGGAGGAUGGUCCUAACAACAAAGCUCAGAUGCCCUGGCUGGAGCUCAAGCAGAACCAGUUUGACCACUCCACGCGGGCCUCUCCUCGCCUGUUCACCUGCCACCUGCUGCCCACCACCAUGCCUCCAGGAGUGACGCACAAAAGAGUCAAGGUUGUGUAUGUGAGGAGAAAUCCAAAGGACAACUUGGUCUCAUCGUAUAACUUCGUGUACGCCGACCACAGCUUUGAGGACUUCUUGGACAAGUACUUGGAAGGAAAUUUGGAAAGUAAUUUCUGGUUUUCGUCCUGGUUUGAUCACGUUCGUCAGUGGAACUCGGUCGGUGACCAGUACGACAUCCUCUACCUGACCUACGAGGACAUGAUACUGGACCUGAAAGGGGCUGUUGUGAAAAUCUGUGAGUUCUUAGGUAAAACUCUCAGUGACGCCGACAUCAACAAAGUUGUUCAAAAAUCAACUUUUGAAACGAUGAAGAAGGAUUCAAAAGCCAACUAUAUCACGUUCAUCCCGGGCUUUGAGACCACAGGAGAAUUUAUGCGAAAAGGACGCAUUGGAGACUGGAAGAACAAACUCACUGUGGCUCAGAGCGAAAGAGUGGAUGGAGUUCUGAAGGAGAAACUCGGAGACAUGAAGCUCGGCCGGCCUCAGCCCUGGCAGCAGCUGCACCUUUCACAGCCCUCUCCGCUCGCCCCGAGGAUGCGACACAGGCCGGUUCCCAUCAUGCAUCACUCGGCAUGUUCUCCCUCCUGGGCCCUCGCAGACAAAGGAGCCAUGUUUUUGUUUGGGGCCCCCUGUCCAUCCCGCGGGGGUCAAAAGGUCCCCGCGGUCACAGGCGGAGACCGACACCAGCGCCGGGUCCGCAGUGUUUGGGGUGCGGCCGGGCGUGAGGACGGGGCGGUUGCCGAUGAUUAG